CAAGGUAGGGGCGGGUAAAUGUCGCGGGUCCUCAGUAACGCGGACAAUCACUAAUAAUAACUCAUAAACAUUGCACCGAGCACCGCGUGCAUGGAAGAUUCCAAGAACUGGAUAAUUAAUAUUGCCAUGCAUUAUCUGCAAAAGGAGGGACCGCAAGUUUGCCAGGAGGUGUUACAGGUUUCGUGUCUGAUUGUUUCACAGUUAGGGUUGGCGACAACGGGGGAAAUACCCACAUGCACUUGUGCUCCCAUCCGUGUCCAGCGCGGAGAACACUCGGGGCACCCAGGCCUGUGAACCCUGCCACGCCGCGAAACGCCACCCCAGGCAGUGUCGAGCAUGCCCUGAUUCAGCCUGCGCACGACCGGUCUGUGGUCCAGGUUCGUCUGCUGCGAGUGACUACUAGUUCACAUGCAUUGUCUCACAGUUAUAGGGGCAUGCAGCUGGGUGCGGUCGGUGCUAGCCGGUGCAGUGCAGUCGGUAUCAGCGGGUGCAGUGCCGACGCUGGUGGUAUCAGCGGGUGCAGUGCCGACGCUAGUGGUAUCAGCGGGUGCAGUGCCGACGCUAGUGGUAUCAGCGCACACUGCGUAGAUGGCAUGCAUGCCAUGCAACCUCUACAAGGCUGCGCCAGGAAUAGUGCCGAUGGAUCCUGAGUCGUCUACCGUCAAGGGCCCAGUUGCGCCAUCCCUGGCAGCUGGUGGGCGCACCGCCACGCCCAAUAGGGGCCGCACGUGACGCCCGAUUUCUGGAUUCGCAGGGGCCAAUGAGUCGAUAUUUGCUCACGUCAGCCGC